GUGACGCGGGGAGGCAGGUUUCCGUGGUGCAUUGUGGAUAAAAGUUUGUCGCCGCUGUUGAGGAGAUUUCGGGAUUGCCGGCGUUGAGAGAUCGCCGUCAAAAUGCCAGAGCGAGAUAGUGAGCCCUUCUCUAACCCUUUGGCCCCAGAUGGCCACGAUGUGGAUGAUCCUCAUUCUUUCCACCAAUCAAAACUUACUAAUGAAGACUUCAGGAAACUUCUUAUGACCCCAAGAGCUGCACCUACUUCUGCACCACCUUCUAAGUCACGUCACCAUGAGAUGCCAAGAGAGUACAAUGAGGAUGAAGACCCAGCUGCACGAAGGAGGAAAAAGAAAAGUUAUUAUGCCAAGCUUCGCCAGCAAGAAAUUGAGAGAGAAAGAGAACUUGCAGAGAAAUACCGGGAUCGUGCCAAGGAACGGAGAGAUGGUGUGAACAAAGAUUAUGAGGAAACUGAGCUGAUAAGUACCACGGCCAACUACAGGGCUGUGGGCCCCACUGCUGAGGCGGACAAAUCAGCAGCGGAGAAGAGAAGACAGCUGAUUCAGGAGUCUAAGUUCUUGGGUGGUGAUAUGGAGCACACCCAUUUGGUGAAAGGUUUGGAUUUUGCGUUGCUUCAGAAGGUGCGUGCUGAGAUUGCCAGCAAAGAGAAGGAGGAAGAGGAACUCAUGGAAAAGCCCCAAAAGGAAACCAAGAAAGAUGAGGAUCCCGAGAACAAAAUUGAAUUUAAAACACGCCUUGGCCGAAAUGUGUAUCGGAUGCUUUUCAAGAGUAAAUCGUAUGAGCGAAAUGAGCUGUUCUUACCAGGGCGUAUGGCCUAUGUAGUAGAUCUGGAUGAUGAGUAUGCAGACACAGAUAUCCCCACCACUCUCAUACGCAGCAAGGCUGACUGCCCCACUAUGGAGGCCCAGACUACACUGACUACAAAUGACAUCGUUAUUAGCAAGCUCACCCAGAUUUUGUCAUACCUGAGGCAGGGGACCCGAAACAAGAAGCUCAAGAAGAAGGAUAAAGGAAAACUGGAAGAAAAGAAACCUCCUGAGGCUGACAUGAACAUUUUUGAAGACAUUGGGGAUUAUGUUCCUUCCACAACCAAAACACCUCGAGACAAGGAGCGUGAGAGGUACCGGGAACGUGAACGUGAUAGGGAACGGGACAGAGACCGGGAGCGAGACCGUGAGAGGGAGAGAGAGCGGGAACGGGAACGAGAGGAGGAAAAGAAAAGGCACAGCUACUUUGAGAAGCCAAAAGUGGAUGAUGAGCCCAUGGAUGUUGACAAAGGACCUGGAUCUGCAAAAGAGUUGAUCAAGUCCAUCAAUGAAAAAUUUGCUGGGUCUGCUGGAUGGGAAGGCACUGAAUCGUUGAAGAAGCCAGAAGAUAAGAAGCAGCUGGGUGAUUUCUUUGGCAUGUCCAACAGUUAUGCAGAAUGCUAUCCAGCCACGAUGGAUGACAUGGCUGUAGAUAGUGAUGAAGAGGUAGAUUAUAGCAAAAUGGACCAGGGUAACAAGAAGGGCCCCUUAGGCCGCUGGGACUUUGAUACUCAGGAGGAAUAUAGCGAGUAUAUGAACAACAAGGAGGCUUUGCCCAAGGCUGCAUUCCAGUAUGGUAUUAAGAUGUCUGAAGGACGGAAAACCAGACGAUUCAAAGAAACCAAUGAUAAGGCAGAGCUUGAUCGACAGUGGAAGAAAAUAAGUGCAAUCAUCGAGAAGAGGAAGAAGAUGGAAGCAGAUGGGGUCGAAGUGAAAAGACCAAAGUACUAAUCUCUAGUUCCAGCCGGCACCACAUGGCUUCUCUUAGUUGCUUGUUUCUACAAUUCCUCAGAAGGUCGCAAACUGUUUUUGUUUCUGAAUGCUUAUAAAUGUUUAUCCAUAACUCUUUAUAGAUCUGUGUCCCAAAUGCCAAAUGGCAUUGCAACACCAUGUCCAGCAUGUUCCAUUAAAAGUAGUUAAACCUGGGGCUGGAGAGAUGGCUCAGUGGUUAAGAACACUCACUGACUGCUCUUCCAGAGGUCCUGAGUUUAAUUCCCGGCAAUCACAUGGUGGCUCACAACCAUCUGUAAUGAGAUCUGAUGCCCUCUUCUGGUGUGUUUGAAGACAGCUACAGUGUACUCAUAUACAAUAAAUAAAUAAAUCUUUAAAAAAAGGA